CUGGCCCGUUUAAGUCAUGGAGCCGCCGCAGUGUUUCCUGAGCUGUCUAUGUGUGUUACUUCUUCAGCACGGCCUCUGUCAACCGUACUUGCACCUCCGGCCGGUGCCCAGUGACAGCCUCCCGGUCCUGGACAUCAUCGAGCAACCGGACCCGGACAACGACCCCAAGGACAGCGACCUGGACGAGCGCGCUCUGCGGAAGCGGCUCGGCAGCCACUUCGACCCCAGCUUUAUGUCCAUCACCCUGCCCGAGGUGGACGCGUCCGUGUCCCGGGAGUCCGGCCACAGGUUCAAGCCCCUGGGCGCGCUGCCCAACGAUAUCAAAAGACUGGAUUUGUCUGAGACCCCUUACGGCAGGCGGAUGAAGCUGGGGAAAAAGGCGAGGCGGAGACUGCAGCAGUGGUUAUGGUCUUACACUUACUGUCCGGUGAUGUACACUUGGAAGGAUCUCGGAGGUCGCUUCUGGCCGCGAUUUGUGAAAGAAGGGAACUGCUAUAAUGAGAGGUCCUGUUCAUUCCCGGAAGGAAUGCUCUGUAAACCUGUCAAAUCCAUCAGCAAGACGUUCUUAAGAUGGUACUGCCAAGGAUGGUCCAAGCCGAGGUACUGCACGUGGAUACCUGUGCAGUACCCAGUUAUUUCUGAGUGCAAGUGUGCCUGCUGAAUGCGGGCGGGUGGACCGGGUGACUCGACACACGCACAGAUGGUCUAUAGUAUAACAACGCCUAUAGUCAAAUCUAUUUUUAUAUAUCGCAUUCUAAAGAAGCCCCAGCUUUGUAUCUAUAUUAACACAGAGAUUUUACGCUGCAGAAAAUCUUGGAUUAUUGGAGGAGAGCGAACGGACCAUAAUUCAGCCCUGAUCGGAGAGACUGGCACAGUUUCCGGAAUUCCGAUGGUGCCAUGUGCCGAGAUAUUUUUUGUAAUAUAAUAAUUAUUAUAAAAAGUUGAGGUGAAGAUAUUACAGAGUGAAUCUCAGCUUUCCAAUACAUAGAGUUAGAAGAGUAAAAACGUGUCAAUUAUUUAUUUCUUUACCGUUUGUUGAUAAUUAACUAGACGAUAUCGUGGCAUUGGAGAUGUUUACUUGAAUAUACUUUCUAAACAAAACAUAUCAAUGUAAA